AUGCAGCCCACAAGAUUACUUCUGAAGCGCUCCGUAUGGAAGGGGCCCAAUCUCGUCCCCCUGCCCAUUGUGUGGCCGAAAAAGGCCGGCGACAAGGUCCCCCCCGUGCGCACUCAGGCACGCUCCGCGACGAUUUUGCCCAACUUUGUCGGGCUCAAGUUUGAGAUUCACAACGGCAAGGACUAUCUCCCGCUGCUGAUAACGGAAGACAUGGUCGGACACAAGCUGGGCGAGUUUGCGCCGACGCGGAAACCGAAUAUUUACGGCAAGAAGUAA